CAAAACUCGCUUGAGUUCUCCUUGAAAACUGCUUUGUGGGGUCUUGGGCAAUAAAUAAUAUCAACAUAAAACCUCCAUAUUUUGCAGGUCAUAUAAGGAUUUUCAUGGAAGUUCAAUCGUACUUAGGUUGGUCCCAGCAGUUGCAAUCAUGCCUUUUGCUGUGUGGGGUCUUGGGCAAUGAUAGUAAUUGGAAAAAGAGUAGUACAUAUUAUGUUUUGACCUCUUACCUGCAACCUUUGCUACUGUGGACUGGAGCAACACUCAUUUGCAGGGUGCUAGAUCCAGUAACUCUACCAUCUGAGGCAAGCCAAGCUGUUAAGCAACGACUUAUGAAUUUUGUAAGAUCGUUAUCAACUGUGAUGGCCUUUGCAUAUUGUCUAUCAAGGUCUGCAAAGGUGUGGAAAGAGCUGCAGACUGAGGUGGAUAAAUUACCUGAGGCCUGAUCUUAAGAGAGGCACAUCCUCGCAGCAAGAAGAGAACCUGAUAAUCGAACUUGAUACAGUUCUAGGCAACAGGCAACACCUUCGUACGAGCAGCCAGCUGGGAGGAGCCUUUGCUUUGCAAAAAACACCAUUCUUUGGAUCCAGCAUUGGAUAACCCCACUUUGGAAUGCCGCAGUUUAAAUAUAUUGCUACAAUUAUUCUUAUUCAUAAUUCUCUAGGGAUCAUACAGAAUCAGCAAAAGCUCAUCACAGGCAAGAUUCUAUAUUCAGCAGGGUGACCUCUGACAAGGUUCGUAUCUGGUCUUGUUAUGGAUUCAUGUGUUUUUGAUGUAUUAGAUGGUGACCAGGGAUACCGUAUGGGGUGAAUUGAUUUCCUAGGAGUGUAGUUACAAGUAGUUCUAAAACUGGCCGACUCAAAUCAAAACUCAGCAGGUUAUCAACCCUCCACUUUCCACCAUGAAAAGCACUCUGUUCAUUUCAGGAACCUUCUCUUAGAGUGGAUUUGAAGCUGCUGCUUUGAAGGAUCCUGGCCUCAAUGCCGGCGAGGAGGU